AGUGUGAGGGUGAAAUCUAUCAGGCUAUCCUGAGUUUUUCACUAGAAAGCAGAAGUCACUUAUUUCAUUUGUAGUGAAACAAUAGUGAGGUUCAGAAGUGCAUCUGCCUAUGAAGAUAUGAGUUUUGAAUUCUGCAAAAUGGACGAUAGUGAAAAAUAUCAUUCUCCAAAAGACACAAAGGAUAAUGUUUAUGUGAAUGAGGACGACCCAGAGCUGAAAAACUCAGAUAUCUCUGACCGCACUGAGCUGAAAGACAAGAAGAAACCAGGAAAGAUCUUCAGAUCUGCUUUUGGUCUCCUUCUAAUACUUGGUGUUUUAUUAACACUCUGUGUUGUAGGGAUCCUUUAUCACAACAAAGUGGUUUCAUAUGAGAUAUUAAGUGAGCAGUAUUCUAAUGUUACUGAAACAUUGAUAAUGCAGGAACACAACGCCAAAGCAAAUAAAAACAAUGGACAAUGUGAGGAAGGAUGGAAGUCUCUUGGUUCAAAGAGUUACUACUUCUCCAGUUUUAAACUGAACUGGGAACAGAGUCGAGAUUACUGUGUGGAGAAAGGAGGCCACCUGGUGAUUAUAACCAGCCAAACUGAACAGGAUUUUGUAGUUUCACAAAUUGGAGAAACACACUGGAUUGGUUUACAUGACUUGGAGACUGAAGGACAGUGGAUGUGGGUGAACAACCAGACCUUAAUGGAGACAGGUGUAACGUUCUGGUUUAGUGCUCCAGAGGGACCAAAUGAGCCUGAUAACUGGAAAAAGAUGGACCCUUCUGGAGAGAAUUGUGCUGCUCUGGGGGAUGCAAAUGGUAACAUACAUAAAUGGUUUGAUGCUUCUUGUAGUACAAUCAAAAAGUGCAUCUGUGAAAAGUAAAAGACUUUUCACUUACAUUUCAGUCUGCAAAUAUUUGUUUUCUGAAUGGAGAACAAUUCUUGGUUGUUGACUAUAAAUAUUUGAAUAAAUAUUACAACAGCUAACGUUAAGUUUAUCUAUAGUUUCUUUUUCAUUUUUCAUACUUGGAUCAUGUUUCUGGAUUUUCUCCUUUUGCCUGUGGAAAUCUUUUAAAUUGUACUGUAGGGAUGAACAUGUGUCUAUUUUAUGAAUAUCCAGAUUAUUUUAACCGAAGCUAGAUGUAACCUUAAGUAACCUAAAGAAAUUUAAUAAAAUUGUACAAGUCUGGGGAAAAAAACUGAUUUGUUAUUUCUUUAAUUUCAUUAUUUUAAAUUUCCAUCUGUUUAUCUUCUGUAAAAAAAAGUACUCUGGCGGGUUCUUUUCUUUUCUUCACAUUCCUUUUCUUUUCUUUUCUGUUCUUUUUGCACUUGCACUUGCACUUGCCCCGAAAAUGUAAUCUGCAAAGUGUGCUCACAACUUUCAGCUGUUUCUCAUCGCCUCUUUCCCCACCCCUUUUCUGUCCAAAUGCAAGACUUUACACUGGCUUCAAUACUGUCAAGGGGCGGACCUUGACAGUAUUGCACCUUGGAUUAUGGAGUUACAACCCAGUAUAGGGUUUGACCACAAAGAGUAAUUAACUCCCAGAAUAAGGAAUGAUGUCAGGGAGUUAGGGAAGUAAAACUAUAUUUUAGUAGCUUCCAACUUUUAAAAAAAUAUAGCUUUAUUUCUAUAACGCGCGUGCCACCUAGUGUUUAUAUCGGCUGUGACACUUUACUACAUUUCACCAAUUCAAGUGCAAUUAAAUUAUUCUCAUCAACUUCUUUAAUAUCAAACACAUCAUAUAUGAUACAUUUAAUGCCAGCUCGGAAUAUUACUUUCAAUAUGUUAUGUAAUUUUAAGUGGUUUCAAAUAGCUUCCUGUUUCCUUUAAUAGUUAGCAUUGGUUGUACUGUAUGUGUGGGUUAAAAACUCAGUUGUUGAGUUUUAUGCUUCUUAUAUUUUAUAACAAAUCCUCCUUUUUUUUAUGUUUUUUUAUUGUAUUAUUCCAUAGAGACAAAAAAUGUAUGAAGAACUGAAUGUGAAGCAUCAGCAUCAGAAUUUCAGGAAGAAGAAAACCACAAUAAUGACGACUGCUUGCUAUUCUGAGUGUGAGACCAAGAUGCUUAACCUGAGUUCACACUAGCAAGCAGAAGUCACUCAUUUCAUGUGUUGUGAAGCAAUAGCAAGGUUCAGAAAUACAAGCUGUCUCCUUGUAGCAAGGUAACAAAGAGGGGCGGGGUCUCUAACCCCAUUACAGAUUGCCAAUAAGCCGUGUUUAUUUAAAGGACAAGCGAAAGCGAAGGGCGGCUGGGGUCCUGUUAGCAAUUGCCCGUUGCUCGGCUUGUAGCUGUGUGGGACCGGGAGUCCCGGUAUAUUUCCCCCGGUAUCUCACUCACUCACUCACUCAUUUUCUUCCUCUUUAUCCGAACUACCUCGGGUCACGGGGAGCCUGUGCCUAUCUCAGGCGUCAUCGGGCAUCAAGGCAGGAUACACCCUGGACGGAGUGCCAACCCAUCGGUAUAAGUAUUUUAUUGUUUUUAGCAUGUGAUAGUUUGAAACCCAGGAUCAUUGUGGAUUUGCUUUGCCAAGGUUUAUUUUGUUUUAUUUGUUUUAUUUGUUUUGUGUGUUUGGUUAUAAGUGAUGUAUGAAAAUGAUUUAAUUUAUUUAGAAUGUGGGUGCUUGAUGUUCGGGACCACCGUGCAGUUGGUUGGUUGGUUUCGUUUCGUUAAGGUAUGUUUAAUUUUUAAUUUUGUUUGUUUAUUUGAGUGUGACUGGUAAUAAUAAUUAAAUGACCUAUUUCGUUAUAGGUUGUUGGAUGAUGGUGACUAGUCGCUGUUCUCUUUUGAGUUUUCUUUUUUGUAAAAUUGACUGCUCCCUGUUGUGAAUGUAUGUUAAUUCCCUAGCCAGCUGGUGUUUUUGUUUCUUUUUGAAUUAUUAGGUUCGUAUAAUUUGGUUUAAUGGUUGGCUAGGGGAUUUUGUCUUUAUUUUUCCUUUUUCUUUUUUAAGUGCAUUUGAUUUUCUGUGUUUUCCUGUACCCUUUGGGUAUACCCCUUGGGUAGCUUCCCACCACUUUUUGGGGAAUCGGAGACAGGGAUUGAUCGAGCCCCAACAGGUUUUGUGUGCUUAAUUGUGUGAUGUAUUGAUAUUGAGGGUGCAUUAUCAAUGAUUUAUGGUGGAUUUAUGGGGUGGAGAUUGCUGUGCUCAUACAGUUUGCAGUGAAACUACUCCCUGUAGGAAGCUCAAUUAUCUUUUGUCUGCUGAGUAUACCAUCUGAAGGAGGCUGCUCUGGGGGACUGUGUCCAGUCAGGGUGAAUGACCUAAAUUAUUUUAAUGCUUUGUUAAAUAAAGUUUAAUGUGCUUUCUAUUAUCCUAUGCUUACUGUGGUGGAUUUUCUUUGUAUGCACCUAAGUUCCAUGGGCGUUCUGGGUGCUACAUACUGUAUGAAGAUGUGAGUUUUAAUCUCUGCAAAAUGGAUCUAACCCUUAUCUUUACCAUAGAGAUUGAAAAACUGUAUGAAUCAUCAACAAGUUCAGGAAGAAGAAAACCACAUUAAUGACGACUGCUUGCUAGUGUGAACUGAGGCUGAGACUAAGAGGCUUAACCUGAGAUCACACUAGCAAGCAGAAGUCACUCAUUUCAUGUGUUGUGAAGAAAUAGCGAGGUUCAGAAAUACAAGCUGUCUAUGAAGAUAUAAGAUUUGUUCACUGCAAAAUGGACGAUAGUGAAAACUAUCACUCUCCAACAGAGGAUGAUGAUUAUGUGAAUACAGAAGACCGUCACGCAGAGCUGAAAAACCCAGAUAUCUCUGACCGCACUGAGCUGAAAGACAAGAAGAAACCAGGAAAGAUCUUCAGAUCUGCUUUUGGUCUCCUAAUACUUGGUGUUUUAUUAACACUCUGUGUUGUAAGGAUCCUUUGUAAGUGUUAAGUUGUGCUUAUCUUUGUUCUCAAUCAACAAAUCAUAAUAAAGUGUCUCCUUUGAUCCAUCAAGUGAGAUGAAUUCAUCCUAGCAUGAAAAACUUACAUUUCUUUAAUUAAUUAAUUAUAUUUAGUUUUCAUUGCUCUGUGAAUUAAUUUAACCCUGAGUAUUUUUCUUCAACAGAUCACAAUAAAGUGGUUUCAUAUGAAAUAUUAAGUGAGCAGUAUUCUAAUGUUCUAAUGUUACUGAAACAUUGAUGACGCAGGAACAUAAAGUCAAGAAGAUAGAAAAACUGUAUGAAGCACUGAAGGUGGAGCAUCAGCAAGUUCAGGAGUAUCUCGCAGCAUGCAGUGAGACAGAAAAACUGUUUGAAGCACUGAAGGUGGAGCAUCAGCAAGUUCAGGAGGAUCUCGCAGCACGCAGUGAGACAGAGAAACUGAUUGGGAUGCUGAAGGCAAAAUACCAGCAAGCUCAUGAACGUCUCUCUGCAUGCAAUGGUGAGGCUUUAUCCUGGCAGUACCUACUACAAGGGGCUGUUAUUUCAAGGCGUAAUGCAUGUGAUCCUGCAUUAUUAUUAUUAUUAUUAUUAUUAUUAUUAUUAUUAUUAUUAUUAUAUAAAUCAUGUACCAAAUUGUGUAGAGUGUAGUGUAUGUGCAGCAGAAGGGAAGAUGCCACCUGAAGCAGGGAUCGAAUCCGGAUCUCCAGAUUAUAGGCUGCAUUUUAAGAAAAUCAAACCCACACACAGGAUAAAACCCUGACACAGCUUUAUUCAUUUAAAAUAAAACUAGAACAUCACCACGAUUUGACCAUGAUUCAAAACAAAUGAAACAUAAGUUAACAAUAACAUGACUACUAUAACCAACCAUUAUAACCAACCAAACUGAACAGGUGAGUGUAGAGCUUCUCUUUAUAAUUUAAUCUGAUCAUUUAUUUAUUUAAUAUAAUUGUUUUCUACAUUAGGGCUUUUUAUUCCCACAAAUUGGAGAAACACACUGGAUUGGCUUGAAUGACUUGGAGACUGAGGGUCAGUGGAUGUGGGUGAACAACAAGCCCUUAAAGGAGACUGGUGUAACGUAAGGACAGUGUUCACUCACACACACUAUUUCUCAUUAACCUCUUCUUGUCUUAAACACUAAAAUUAUUUUACUAUUACAAAGCUCUAGCAAUAUAUAUACUCAUUUAUGCAUAAAAUAAAUUCAAUAUUUAAGAAACUUUAAACAGUUUUAUGUCUUAUGUAUGUAGGUUUUGGUAUAGUGAUCCAAUAAAACAGCCUGAUAACUGGAAAGUGGUGGACUCUUCUGGAGAGAAUUGUGCUGCUCUGGGGAAUGUAGGUGGUAACACACAUAAAUGGUUUGAUGAUUCUUGUAGUGCAAUCAAAAAGUACAUCUGUGAAAAGUAAAAGACUUUUCACUGACACUUGAGUCUGCAAAUAUUUGUUUUUAUGAAUGGAGAACAAUUCCUGGUUGUUGACUAUAAAUAUUCGAUACUGAAAAACAGCUAACAUUAAGUUUACCGCAUAUAUAAUGUGUGUAUAUAUAUAUCACAAUUUAUAUAAAAAAUCUUUUUCAAACUCCAUAAAGUUUCACUUUUCUGCCACAUUGUAUUUUUUAGCUUGUCUUAACCCUUAACCACAAGAACAUCAGACGAUCAUGUGUGUGAAAUCUUUUAAAUUGUACUGUAAGGAUGAACAUGUGUCUAUUUUAUGAAUGAAGUGUGUCCAGAUUAUGUUUGCUGAAGCUAGAUGUAACCUUAAGUUGCUUUGUAUACAGAAAUUUAUGAAUUAAUAAGUGUCCAUGGCUUUGAAAAAAAAAAAAACAGGUUUGUUGCAUCUUUAUUUUUAUUUCAUUUUACUUUCAAAAUUUCCAUCUGUUCAUCUUCUCCAAAAAAGUGAAAAGGGUGAAAAAAAAGGUGGUAACUAAAUUAAAAGAACGGAAGUGUGUGUGUGUGUGUGUGUGUGUUUGAGACUUGGAGACUGAAGGACAGUGGAUGUGGGUGAACAACAAGCCUUUAAAAGGAGACAGGUGUAACGUAAGGACAGUGUUCACUCACACAGUCUAUAAACUCAUUUUACAAAGCUCCAGUAAUACAUAUACUUUUUACAUGAAAUAAAAUAAUUGUUAAAGAAACUGAUUAUAUUAAACUGAUUUUAUUCCAUAAAGAUUCUGGUAUAGCGCUCCCGGGAGACCUGAUGAGCCUGAUAACUGGAAAGAGGAGGACCCUUCUGGAGAGAACUGUGCUGCUCUGGGUCAUAAUUAUGGUGACACAGAUAAAUGUUUUGAUGCUCACUGUGGUGCAAUCAAAAAGUGCAUCUGUGAAAAGUAAGACUUCUUUUCACUUACAUUUAUGCCUGCAAAUACUUUGUUUUUUUUUCUUUUCAACAGAGGACAAUUCUUGGUUGUUGAAUAUGAAUAUUUGAUAUUGUAAAACAGCUAACAUUAAGUUUACCUAUAGUUUGUAUUAAAGGUUUAUUUUACCUUAUAGUUGUCAUAGAUAUUGUAUAGCAAACUUUACACCUACUGUAUGUCUUCAUAUUUCAUGUUGAAAAAAAAGCCAACUCAUCGAUUACUCAAGCUAGUGAGACGUAAUGAAUUCCAGUUUACUAAUUAAGGUGUUAUUGCUGUCUAGAUAAACAGUUCGCUCCUUUAUUAGCAUCUCAACAUAAUAUAACAAUGUAUAGUUUUCCAUAUCUAUGAACAUUUACUAUGUACUUUGUAAUAUUAAGUUGCUUUGAAUAACAUUUAGAAAGCAGUAAGAAUGAAUAAAAAUUUAGAUCUUAAAAAUA